CUCAUUGUGUUUGCUGCUAUUGUUUUGUUGCUUUUGUUGUUUUUUGUGGUGUAUUGGUGAUGGUUAAUACUUCUUGAACGAGUGGCUCACCUUGGCCAUGGCCGGUCAUGUGCCCCGGUGCCCCCUUGCUGGGCCGGUGGUGGGCAGGAAUUGGUGGGGAUGUUUUGGUUGUUUUGUGGUUUCUUGGAGCUUUUGGGCUUUUAGGCUUUUGGUUUUUUUCUGGUCUCUUUUUUGUUGUCUUGUUGUUUUUUGUUUUUGGUUAUUAAUGCUUCUUGUACUGCCUGGGCGCUGGGCCCGCGCGGCGCUACACUCCAAAGCUCCAAAGCUAAUAAACCACGAAGCGUUCCACCACAUGCCAAUAACCACGAAGAGAGGAAAAUAUCGACUAUUUUUCUCGCAGGCGUUUUAGGGGAAUUGUGAACUUUGACCCAUCAAAACUCGAAAUGCAGCUCGCAUGCUGCUCGGUGAUCUACUCACUGCGCAUGGGCGACCGUUGGGAUAACCAAAUUUAGUUUAGCUCAAGCUGUCUAGUUGCGCCUAGUAUUUGCUCUGUUUUCUG